CAUAAAAACACAUCGAUCGAGUAUAUAUACAAUAUUUUUGUCAUAAUUUAAGGUCAGCCGGUGAGCAUAGUAUUCCGUAGUAUUCUGUACAUUUACCCAUAUAAAAUUAUGCAGUAUCACAAUUCGCAACAGAAGCGCUUAAUGGAGGCUUUUCGCACUGAUUGCCAGACGCUAAUAACGCGCUUCGAAUUGUCUUAUAAUACUCACUUUCAAAACUUCUGUGAGAUCUGGAAAGAAAUGCAAUUUGGUUUGGUUUUUGCUUAUCAUCCUUCGGAAGCAGCUUUAACGACAUUUUGUGAAGAUGCCCUUUGCAUAAUAAAGCAAUUUCUGGUAAAUGCAUCCAGUUUAAAGGAACGUAUAGGGGCUCUGUAUCUUACAUAUGGAGUUUACUAUAAAAUGCCAAUAAAACAACUAAAGAUCAGAAUGACUCUAUCAGAUUGGAGUUGCUUAAUGGAGUUGCACAGUCAAAUAAAACAGGAGGAAUAUCAUGAUGCUAACUAUAUCUUAUGCAAAAUGAUUGUUGAUCGUAUAUUUAUUCAUUGCAUUAGUGACAGAGAGUAUGGUAUCGAGAGACAUUUCUAUGAAAAGCAAGAACAGCCCAAGCUGGAUGUUAAUUUGAUGCCAGAAAUUAAAGAAUUAGCGGCACCAGAGAAGUUGUUAUCGACUAUUAGCAAGCUAAGUAAGGUCUAUGAAGAAAAGAAGCGUACUUUGUACGAUGCGGAAGGAGAUUCUAGCUUGCAACUUUAUGAUGCUAGCAUAGCAGACAAUAUUGUUGAUAACAUUCGUACAAUACAGUCGGAAAGUAGAAUAUUUGUUAAAUCAUUCGAUGUGAAAAACCCUAGUAGUAGUAAGCCAUCAACAGCAUCAGCAGCAGCGGCAUUGACCGAAACUGUUCAGAAAGGUCAAAAACGUAUCAGAGUUCGCAAAAAUCAGGUCUUAUCCAAGAUAGGCCGAGCAUUUGAAAAAGGACUACAAUCUGAAGAAGAAUCGGAAACGGAGCAAGAAGAUACGUGAACUCAGCGCUGCUUUAUAAAAGCUGCAAAAAAUUAUAACUCAAGAAUUAAUUCAAAUAUCAAUUUCAAUG